CCUGGAGCCGCGGCCGGAGCCGGUGUCGGCUCCUUCCACCCAGCCCCGCCAGCUCCGGGAGCUGUUCACGGAUUAAUGGCAAAAUAGUUAACCACCAUGGCAGCGAUGGUUCCACCGGUGAAGCUCAAAUGGCUUGAACAUUUAAACAGCUCCUGGAUCACAGAAGACAGUGAAUCUAUUGCUACAAGAGAAGGAGUUUCUGUUCUAUAUUCUAAACUGGUCAGUAAUAAGGAAGUUGUGCUUCUGCCUCAGCAGGUUUUGUGCCUCAAAGGACCUCAGUUGCCUGAUUUUGAACGUGAAUCUCUUUCAAGUGAUGAGCAAGAUCACUAUUUGGAUGCCCUUCUUACCAGUCAGUUGGCUUUGGCUAAGAUGGUAUGUUCAGAUUCCCCAUUUGCUGGAGCACUUCGUAAACGACUUCUUGUACUUCAACGUGUCUUUUAUGCACUUUCUAAUAAAUAUCAUGAUAAAGGUAAAGUGAAGCAGCAGCAGCAUUCACCAGAGAGUAGUUCUGGUUCAGCAGACGUCCAUUCUGUUAGUGAACGGCCCCGAUCAAGCACAGAUGCCCUCAUAGAAAUGGGUGUUCGAACUGGACUGAGUUUAUUAUUUGCACUACUCAGGCAGAGUUGGAUGAUGCCUGUUUCAGGACCUGGUCUCAGCCUUUGUAAUGAUGUCAUUCACACUGCAAUAGAAGUUGUGAGCUCUUUGCCACCAUUAUCUUUAGCAAAUGAAAGUAAGAUUCCACCUAUGGGUUUGGACUGUUUAUCACAAGUGACUACAUUUCUUAAGGGAGUAACUAUUCCAAAUUCUGGAGCAGAUACUUUAGGUCGUAGAUUAGCUUCAGAAUUGUUGCUUGGUUUAGCAGCUCAACGGGGUUCUUUAAGGUACCUUCUUGAGUGGAUUGAAAUGGCUUUGGGUGCAUCAGCAGUUGUACAUACCAUGGAGAAAAACAAACUACUGCCAAGCCAGGAAGGAAUGAUCACCUUUGAUUGCUUUAUGAACAUAUUAAUGCAGAUGAGGCGUUCUUUGGGUUCGUCUGCUGAUCGGAGUCAGUGGAGGGAACCAACUAGAACAUCUGAUGGUUUAUGUUCACUCUAUGAGGCAGCUCUGUGUUUGUUUGAAGAGGUUUGCAGAAUGGCUUCUGAUUAUUCAAGAACAUGUGCUAGUCCAGAUAGCAUUCAAACUGGUGAUGCACCCAUUGUUUCUGAAACUUGUGAAGUCUAUGUUUGGGGUAGUAACAGUAGUCAUCAAUUGGUAGAAGGCACACAAGAAAAAAUACUACAACCAAAAUUAGCACCAAGUUUUUCUGAUGCACAGACAAUUGAAGCUGGACAGUAUUGCACUUUCGUAAUUUCUACGGAUGGUUCUGUUAGAGCCUGUGGUAAAGGUAGUUAUGGCAGACUAGGACUUGGAGAUUCCAACAAUCAGUCUACUCUAAAAAAAUUGACAUUUGAGCCUCAUCGCUCUAUUAAAAAAGUGUCAUCUUCUAAAGGAUCAGAUGGGCACACUUUAGCUUUUACAACUGAAGGUGAAGUCUUCAGCUGGGGAGAUGGUGAUUAUGGAAAACUGGGACAUGGAAAUAGUUCAACACAGAAGUAUCCAAAACUUAUUCAGGGCCCUCUUCAGGGAAAGGUAGUUGUGUGUGUGUCCGCUGGAUAUAGACAUAGUGCUGCUGUCAGUGAAGAUGGUGAAUUGUAUACAUGGGGUGAAGGGGAUUUUGGAAGAUUAGGUCAUGGUGACAGUAAUAGCCGGAACAUUCCAACAUUAGUAAAGGACAUUAGCAACGUUGGGGAGGUUUCCUGUGGUAGUUCACACACAAUUGCUUUGUCCAAAGAUGGAAGAACUGUCUGGUCUUUUGGAGGAGGAGACAAUGGCAAACUUGGGCAUGGUGAUACAAAUAGAGUGUAUAAACCUAAAGUUAUAGAAGCUUUACAAGGAAUGUUUAUUCGAAAAGUUUGUGCUGGGAGCCAGUCUUCACUUGCCUUGACAUCAACAGGACAGGUCUAUGCAUGGGGUUGUGGAGCUUGUCUAGGUUGUGGAUCUUCAGAAGCCACAGCUUUGAGACCAAAACUUAUUGAAGAACUGGCAGCUACAAGAAUAGUUGAUAUUUCAAUUGGAGACAGCCACUGUUUGGCUCUUUCUCAUGAUAAUGAAGUUUAUGCUUGGGGUAAUAAUUCUAUGGGACAGUGUGGUCAAGGAAAUUCCACAGGUCCUAUUACAAAACCAAAGAAAGUUAGUGGUUUAGAUGGAGUAGCAAUUCAACAGAUUUCAGCUGGAACAUCACAUAGCCUGGCAUGGACCGCUCUCCCCAGGGACAGGCAAGUUGUUGCAUGGCACCGACCUUAUUGUGUGGAUCUUGAAGAGAGUACUUUCUCACAUCUACGUUCCUUUCUUGAGAGAUACUGUGAUAAAAUAAACAGUGAGAUUCCCCCUCUUCCUUUUCCUUCAUCAAGGGAACAUCACAGUUUCCUCAAAUUGUGCCUGAAGUUGCUGUCCAAUCAUCUUGCUCUUGCUCUGGCUGGAGGAGUAGCUACUAGUAUUCUUGGGAGGCAAGCUGGACCACUUCGAAAUUUGCUCUUUAGGCUAAUGGACUCUUCUGUCCCAGAUGAAAUACAAGAGGUGGUAAUUGAAACUUUGUCAGUGGGAGCAACCAUGCUGUUGCCCCCUUUAAGAGAACGAAUGGAAUUACUGCAUUCGCUUUUACCCCAAGGACCUGAUCGAUGGGAAAGCUUGUCUAAAGGACAGAGAAUGCAGUUGGAUAUAAUUUUGACAAGUUUACAAGAUCAUACCCAUGUAGCCUCUCUACUUGGUUAUAGCUCACCUUCUGAUUCUACUGAUGUUUCUUCCAUAUGUAUCUCCUAUGGAAACCCAUCGGAUCAACCAUAUAGCACUCAGAGUUGCCAUCCAGAUACUCAUUUAGCUGAAAUUUUAAUGAAGACAUUACUAAGAAAUUUAGGAUUUUAUACAGAUCAAGCAUUUGGAGAACUAGAAAAAAAUAGUGAUAAAUUUUUACUUGGGACAUCUUCAUCUGAGAAUAGCCAACCUGCUCAUCUUCAUGAAUUGCUUUGUUCACUGCAGAAGCAACUUUUAGCAUAUUGCCACAUCAACAGUGUUAGUGAGAAUUCAAGCAGUGUGGCAUUGCUUCACAAACACCUUCAACUCUUAUUACCUCAUGCCACAGAUAUCUAUUCACGUUCUGCAAAUUUGUUGAAAGAAAGUCCUUGGAAUGGCAGUGUUGGUGAAAAACUAAGAGAUGUCAUUUACGUAUCUGCUGCUGGCAGUAUGCUCUGCCAGAUUAUUAAUUCUUUACUGUUGCUGCCAGUGUCAGUGGCUCGGCCUUUGCUGAGUUAUCUACUAGACCUCUUGCCACCUCUUGAUUGCCUUAAUCGACUGUUGCCAGCUGCUGCUCUUUUAGAAGACCAAGAGUUGCAGUGGCCUCUUCAUGGAGGGCCAGAACUGAUUGACCCAGCUGGAGUACCCCUUCCUCAGCCUGCUCAGUCGUGGGUGUGGCUUGUAGAUCUAGAGAGAACUAUUGCUCUCCUCAUUGGGCGGUGUCUUGGGGGCAUGUUGCAAGGCUCUCCUGGGUCUCCCGAGGAGCAAGAUACAGCAUACUGGUUGAAAACACCACUGUUCAGUGAUGGUGUUGAAAUGGAUAUUCCUCAAUUAGACAAAUGUAUGAGUUGCCUAUUAGAAGUGGCUCUUUCUGGAAAUGAAGAACAAAAGCCAUUUGAUUACAAGUUACGGCCUGAAAUUUCUGUCUUUGUUGACUUAGCAUUGGGUUGUACAAAAGAACCUGCUCGUAGUCUUUGGAUCAGUAUGCAAGAUUAUGCUAUUAGUAAAGAUUGGGACAGUGCAACUUUAAGUAAUGAGUCACUCCUGGACACUGUAUCUAGAUUUGUUCUUGCAGCUCUUCUGAAACACACAAAUUUACUUAAUCAAGCAUGUGGAGAGAGCAGGUAUCAACCGGGUAAAACCUUAGCGGAAGUAUAUCGUUGUGUGUAUAAAGUUCGAAGUCGUUUACUUGCUUGCAAGAACAUGGAACUCAUUCAAACUAGGUCAUCUUCAAGAGACCGAUGGAUUUCAGAAAACCAAGAAUCUGUGGACACUGAUGCACAGGAGCAUUCUUUUACUCGAACCAUUGAUGAAGAAGCUGAGAUGGAAGAGCAAGCAGAGAGAGAUAGAGAAGAAGGACAUCCAGAACAAGAAGAUGAAGAAGAGGAGAGAGAACAUGAAGUUAUGACAGCUGGUAAAAUCUUUCAAUGUUUCCUAUCAGCCCGUGAAGUAGCACGCAGCCGGGACCGAGAUAGAAUGAACACUGGGGCAGGGUCUGGGACUCGUGUUGAUGAUCAGCCUCCUCAGUCUCAACAGGAGCGAAGGGUCAGCACAGACCUUCCAGAAGGCCAGGAUGUAUAUACUGCUGCAUGCAAUUCUGUGAUCCAUCGAUGUGCCUUGUUAAUAUUAGGAGUAAGUCCUGUUAUUGAAGAGCUUCAAAAGCGAAGAGAGGAAGGACAAUUGCAGCAACCAUCAACAAGUACCUCUGAUGGGGUUUUACUUAUGACCAGGAGUGAAAGUCUUACUGCAGAGAGCCGCUCAGUUCAUGCAAGUCCAAAUUAUAGACUGAUUAAAUCAAGGAGUGAAUCUGAUUUAUCUCAGCCUGAAUCAGAUGAAGAAGGUUAUUCACUGAGUGGAAGACGAAAUGUAGAUUUUAACUUGGGUUCCUCCCACAGAAAGAGGGGACCUGUACACAGUCAAAUGGAACCUUUGAGUGACUCCUGGACUCACCUGAAACACAGUAGAGACUGGUUGUUUAGCUCCUCUUACUCAUUUGAAUAUGAUUUUGACCUUACUAAGGCACUUGGAGUUCAUACUUUGAUUGAAAAUGUUGUCAGCUUUGUAAGUGGAGAUGUGGGGAAUGCCCCAGGUUUUAAAGAACCAGAGGAAAGUAUGUCCACGAGUCCACAGGCCUCAAUCAUUGCAAUGGAACAGCAGCAGCUAAGGGCAGAGCUUCGCUUGGAGGCCCUUCAUCAAAUCCUGGUUCUACUAUCUGGAAUGGAGGAAAAAGGAAGUGUACCGUUAACAGGAAGCAGGCAAGGAUCAGGAUUUCAGUCCUCUUUGCUCCUCACAUCCGUUAGAUUGCAGUUUCUAGCUGGAUGCUUUGGUUUAGGAACAGUAGGACAUGCAGGAGCGAAAGGAGAAAGUGUGCGAUUACAUCAUUAUCAGGAUGGUAUCAGAGCAGCUAAGAGAAAUAUUCAGAUUGAAAUUCAAGUGGCUGUACAUAAAAUUUAUCAACAGCUGUCUGCAACUUUGGAGAGAGCCCUGCAAGCAAAUAAGCACCACAUUGAAGCUCAACAACGUCUCCUCUUGGUAACAGUUUUUGCUCUGAGUGUUCACUACCAACCUGUUGAUGUUUCUUUGGCAAUUUCCACUGGUCUCUUAAAUGUACUGUCACAAUUAUGUGGCACAGACACUAUGCUAGGGCAGCCUCUGCAGCUGUUGCCCAAAACUGGUAUUUCUCAGCUUAGCAUAGCUUUGAAAGUAGCCAGUACAAGGCUGCUACAGAUUCUGGCCAUCACCACUGGGACCUAUGCUGACAAACUGAGUCCUAAGGUAGUGCAGUCCUUGCUCGAUCUAUUAUGUAGUCAAUUGAAGAAUUUGUUGUUACAAGCUGGUGUGCUACUUAUGGUUUCCUUUGGAGAAGGGGAAGGGGAAGAGGAAGAAGAAGAAGAGGAAGAAAAAAAGGUGGACCCUUGUGGAGAUAUUGAGAAGAGAGAUUUCAGAGCUGUACUUAGAAAACAGCAUGCCGCAGAACUACACUUAGGGGACUUUCUAGUUUUUUUGAGAAGAGUUGUGUCAUCAAAAGCUAUUCAGUCAAAAAUGGCUUCUCCAAAGUGGACUGAAGUGCUUCUUAACAUUGCAUCUCAGAAGUGUUCCUCAGGUAUUCCACUGGUGGGUAACUUAAGGACCAGAUUACUUGCGCUUCAUGUCCUUGAAGCUGUAUUACCAGCUUGCGAAUCUGGGGUCGAAGAUGAUCAAAUGGCUCAGGUUGUUGAACGAUUAUUUUCCCUUCUCUCGGAUUGUAUGUGGGAAACACCCAUUGCUCAGGCCAAACAUGCAAUUCAAAUCAAGGAAAAAGAGCAGGAAAUGAAGUUACAGAAGCAAGGAGAAUUAGAGGAAGAAGAUGAAAAUCUUCCUAUUCAAGAAGUUUCCUUUGACCCAGAAAAGGCUCAGUGCUGUUUAGUGGAAAAUGGACAGAUUUUGACCCAUGGUAGUGGAGGAAAAGGCUAUGGGUUAGCAUCAACUGGUGUAACAUCUGGAUGUUAUCAGUGGAAGUUUUACAUUGUAAAGGAAAACCGUGGUAAUGAAGGCACAUGUGUUGGAGUUUCUCGAUGGCCAGUACAUGAUUUUAACCACCGCACUACCUCAGAUAUGUGGUUGUACAGAGCCUACAGUGGUAACCUGUACCAUAAUGGAGAACAGACUUUGACGUUGUCCAGUUUUACUCAAGGAGAUUUUAUUACUUGUGUAUUGGAUAUGGAAGCCAGAACAAUUUCCUUUGGUAAAAAUGGAGAGGAACCGAAGCUAGCUUUUGAAGAUGUGGAUGCAGCUGAGUUAUAUCCUUGUGUAAUGUUCUAUAGCAGCAAUCCUGGAGAAAAGGUGAAAAUCUGUGAUAUGCAGAUGCGAGGUACACCCAGAGACUUGCUUCCUGGAGAUCCUAUAUGUAGUCCUGUAGCUGCAGUGCUUGCUGAGGCCACUAUUCAGCUUAUCCGUAUCCUUCACCGGACAGAUCGUUGGACACAUUGCAUAAACAAGAAAAUGAUGGAAAGAUUACAUAAAAUUAAGAUGUGCAUUAAAGAAACUGGUCAAAAACUAAAGAAAAGCCGCUCAGUUCAAAGCCGAGAGGAGAAUGAGAUGAGAGAGGAAAAAGAGAACAAGGAAGAAGAGAAAGGUAAACAUAGUAGGCACGGUCUUGCUGACCUCUCUGAGCUGCAGUUGAAGACACUCUGCGUAGAGGUGUGGCCUGUGCUUGCAGUGAUAGGUGGAGUGGAUGCCGGUCUGAGAGUUGGCGGGCGCUGUGUGCACAAGCAGACUGGGCGUCACGCCACCCUGCUUGGUGUGGUCAAAGAAGGUAGUACGUCCGCCAAGGUCCAAUGGGAUGAAGCAGAAAUUACUGUCAGCUUCCCAACUUUUUGGUCGCCUAGUGAUACUCCAUUGUAUAAUCUGGAGCCCUGUGAACCGCUGCCUUUUGAUGUUGCAAGAUUUCGUGGAUUGACAGCCUCUGUGAUGCUGGAUCUCACUUAUCUGACUGGCAUUCAUGAAGAUAUGGGCAAACAGAGUACCAAGAGACAUGAGAAAAAACAUCGACAUGAAUCAGAGGAGAAAGUGGACACUGAACAGAAAACAGAGGGUGAUGCUUCUAUAGAUGGAAGAACAAGCUUAAGUUCUGAUGAUGUCAAAAGUCAUGGCGCUACAAACUCCAAGUCAGAAAAUGAAAUAGCUUCAUUUUCUGUAGAUUCAACAGCACAAAAUACCGAAUCACAGCACCAAAUAGUAGAAGGAAAACGAAAAAACCAUGAACAUACUUCCAAAAAUCAUGAUAUUGGUCAAUCAGAAAUAAGAGCUGUACAAUUGUCUUACCUCUAUCUUGGUGCUAUGAAAUCACUUAGUGCACUUCUUAGUUGCAGUAAGUAUGCCGAGUUGUUAUUGAUACCAAAAGUUCUAGCUGAAAAUGGUCACAACUCAGAUUGUGCAAGUUCUCCAGUUGUUCAUGAAGAUGUUGAAAUGCGUGCAGCUCUGCAAUUCUUGAUGAGACAUAUGGUGAAAAGAGCAGUCAUGCGUUCUCCCAUCAAGAGAGCUUUAGGACUGGCAGAUUUGGAAAGAGCUCAAGCUAUGAUCUACAAAUUAGUAGUCCAUGGUCUUUUGGAAGACCAGUUUGGUGGCAAAAUCAAACAAGAAGUUGAUCAGCAAACAGAAGAAUGUGAGCAGACACAGCAGGCACAGACACCAGUUACCACUAGUCCUUCAGCUUCUAGUACAACAUCCUUUAUGAGCAGUUCUUUGGAAGAUACAACUACAGCAACCACCCCAGUAACUGAUACGGAGACAGUACCUGCCUCAGAGUCACCAGGGGUUAUGCCACUUAGUCUUCUCAGGCAAAUGUUCUCCAGUUAUCCAACUACCACUGUCCUUCCCACUCGGCGGGCACAGACUCCACCAAUAUCCUCAUUACCAACCUCUCCUUCUGAUGAAGUUGGAAGGAGACAAAGCCUGACCUCCCCUGAUUCACAGUCUGCAAGACCUACCAAUCGAACAGCUUUAUCUGAUCCAAGUAGCAGACUUUCAACUUCCCCUCCUCCACCAGCUAUUGCAGUCCCAUUGCUAGAAAUGGGAUUCUCUCUUCGGCAGAUUGCAAAAGCUAUGGAAGCCACAGGUGCGAGAGGUGAAGCAGAUGCCCAGAACAUUACAGUUCUGGCCAUGUGGAUGAUAGAACAUCCUGGCAAUGAGGACGAUGAGGAACCUCAGUCAGGUAGCACUUCUGAUUCACGUGGAGCAAGAGUUUCAGGCACCAACAGUGGGAAGUCUAAUGACCCUUGUUAUUUGCAAUCACCUGGGGACAUACCAUCAGCUGAUGCUGCUGAAAUGGAGGAGGGAUUUAAUGAAAGCACUGAUAAUUUGGAUCAUUCAGAUAAUGCAGCUUCUGGAAGUGGACCUCCUUCCAGGAGCCGCUCUGCAGUGACAAGGAGACACAAAUUUGAUUUAGCUGCUCGGACGUUGUUGGCAAGAGCAGCGGGGUUAUACCGUUCUGUACAGGCUCAUAGAAAUCAAAGUCGACGAGAGGGAAUUUCUUUACAGCAAGAUCCUGGGGCAUUAUAUGACUUUAACUUGGAUGAAGAACUGGAAAUUGAUCUAGAUGAUGAAGCAAUGGAGGCAAUGUUUGGACAAGACCUGACCAGCGAUAAUGAUAUUCUGGGAAUGUGGAUCCCAGAGGUAUUGGAUUGGCCUACCUGGCAUGUUUGCGAGUCUGAAGACAGAGAAGAAGUUGUGGUAUGUGAGUUGUGUGAAUCCAGUGUUGUCAGCUUCAAUCAACAUAUGAAAAGAAACCAUCCUGGUUGUGGCCGCAGUGCUAACAGGCAGGGGUAUCGGAGUAAUGGUUCUUAUGUGGAUGGAUGGUUUGGUGGUGAAUGUGGAAGUGGAAAUCCAUAUUACCUCUUGUGUGGCAGCUGCAGAGAGAAAUAUUUGGCUCUGAAGACUAAAUCUAAAACAUCAACUUCUGAAAGGUACAAGGGACAGGCUCCAGAUUUAAUUGGCAAGCAGGACAGCGUUUAUGAAGAAGACUGGGACAUGUUGGAUGUUGAUGAGGAUGACAAACUUACUGGUGAAGAAGAAUUUGAAUUGCUUGCUGGACCAUUAGGUUUAAAUGAUCGCCGUAUCGUGCCAGAGCCAGUUCAGUUCCCUGAUAGUGAUCCACUUGGUGCAUCUGUGGCAAUGGUCACUGCCACCAAUAGUAUGGAAGAAACUCUAAUGCAAAUAGGUUGCCAUGGCUCUGUAGAAAAAAGUUCUUCAGGUAGAAUCACAUUAGGAGAACAAGCUGCUGCUCUAGCAAAUCCACAUGAUCGUGUAAUGGCUUUAAGAAGAGUGACUGCAGCAGCUCAAGUCCUUCUUGCACGAACAAUGGUCAUGAGGGCACUUUCAUUGCUUUCUGUCAGUGGUUCCAGUUGUAGUCUUGCUGCUGGCCUUGAGUCCUUGGGUUUAACAGAUAUCCGAACUCUGGUUCGAUUAAUGUGCUUAGCUGCAGCAGGGAGAGCUGGGCUCUCUACAAGUCCUUCCUCUAUGGCUUCUUCCUCAGAACGUUCUCGAGGAGUUCACAGCAAGAGCAACAAGCCAAUAUCAUGUCUAGCCUAUUUAAGCACAGCUGUGGGCUGCCUAGCAUCCAAUACUCCUAGUGCUGCAAAACUGUUGGUACAGUUGUGUACGCAGAACUUGAUUUCUGCUGCAACAGGUGUUAAUUUAACUACAGUUGAUGAUCCAAUUCAGCUCAAGUUUCUGCCCAGCUUUCUCCGAGGAAUUGCUGAAGAAAACAAGCUUGUGACUUCUCCUAACUUUGUAGUAACUCAAGCCCUUGUGGCUUUAUUGGCAGACAAAGGAGCUAAAUUGAGGCCUAACUAUGAUAAAGCAGAAAUUGAAAAGAAAGCAGGUUUAAUUGCCCAAUUGUAUGCCCAUCCUUCCUAUGAUCCUUCUGCUGUAGGCCCUCUGGAGCUGGCUAAUGCAUUAGCAGCUUGCUGCCUCUCUUCAAGGUUGUCCUCACAACACAGGCAGUGGGCUGCUCAGCAGCUUGUACGGACACUUGCUGCACAUGAUCGGGACAACCAAACUAGUCCUCAGACAUUGGCUGACAUUGGAGGAGAUCUGAGGAAAUGCUUCUUUAUAAAGUUGGAAGCUCAUCAGAAUAGGGUAAUGACAUGUGUUUGGUGUAAUAAAAAAGGACUUCUAGCAACCAGCGGCAAUGAUGGCACCAUAAGGGUUUGGAAUGUUACCAAGAAACAAUAUUCACUACAACAGACUUGUGUAUUCAACAGAUUGGAAAGUGAAUCAGAGGAAAGCCUGGGAUCACCUAGUGAUCCAAGCUUCUCACCUGUCUCUUGGAGUAUCAGUGGCAAAUAUCUAGCUGGUGCUUUAGAAAAGAUGGUGAAUAUUUGGCAAGUUAAUGGAGGAAAAGCUUUAAUAGAUACUCAGCCACAUUGGGUAUCUGCUCUGGCUUGGCCAGAAGAGUGUCCAUCAACUUGGUCAUCAGAUUCUCCAGAAUUAUUAUUAGUAGGACGUAUGGAUGGAUCUCUUGGAUUAAUAGAAGUUAUGGAUGUGUCAACCAUGCUUCGAAAGGAGUUGGAGCAUUGUUAUCGAAAGGACGUAUCUGUUACCUGCAUUGCCUGGUUCAGUGAAGAUAGACCUUUUGCAGUGGGAUAUUUUGAUGGUAAAGUGUUGUUAGGAAUGAAGGAACCAUUUGAAAAAGGAGGAAUUAUUCUGGUUGAUGCACACAAGGACACUCUUGUUUCUAUGAAGUGGGAUCCAACUGGUCAUGUCCUUAUGACAUGUGCCAAAGAAGAAAAUGUGAAACUUUGGGGACCUAUGGCAGGUUGUUGGAGAUGUUUACACUCACUUUCACAUUCGUCUAUCGUGAAUGGCAUUGCUUGGUGCAAUCUUCCAGGGAAAGGACCCAAGUUACAAUUAUUGAUUGCAACUGGUUGUCAGAAUGGGUUAGUGUGUGUGUGGCGUGUUUCCCAAGAUGCACUGAAUAUAUUACAGUCUAGCUUAUCUAGUUCUGAAGAAUGGUGGGAACAAGAAUCAAAUGGCAAGGAUAACUACAGAAAAUCGGCAGGUGCCAAGUGUGUGUAUCAGUUGAAAGGGCACAUUACUCCUGUUCGUACAGUUGCCUUCAGUUCUGAUGGUUUAGCUUUGGUAUCUGGUGGACUUGGUGGACUUAUGAACAUUUGGUCUUUAAGGGAUGGUUCAAUAUUGCAAACAGUUGUGAUAGGAUCUGGAGCAAUUCAGACCACAGUGUGGAUUCCUGAUGUUGGGGUUGCUGCUUGUUCUAACAGAUCAAAGGAUGUUUUGGUUGUAAGUUGCACAUCAGAAUGGGUAACUGCUAAUCAUGUUCUAGCAACAUGUAGGACUGCCUUGAAGCAACAAGGUGUUUUGGGAUUAAACAUGGCUCCCUGCAUGAGAGCCUUUUUGGAAAGACUACCUAUAAUGCUUCAGGAGCAAUAUGCAUAUGAAAAGCCACAUGUAGUUUGUGGGGAUCAGCUCGUUCAUAGUCCUUAUAUGCAAUGUCUGGCUUCACUUGCUGUUGGACUGCAUCUAGAUCAGCUCUUAUGUAACCCGCCAGUACCACCUCAUCACCAGAGCUGUCUUCCUGAUUCUUCAUCAUGGAAUCCAACUGAAUGGGCAUGGUUAGAAUGUUUCUCCACCACGAUAAAAGCUGCUGAAGCAUUGGCAAAGGGAGCGCAAUUUCCCGAGUCCUUCACUGUUCCUGAUCUGGAACCAGUUCCAGAAGAUGAACUUGCAUUCCUGAUGGAUAAUAGUAAAUGGAUUAAUGGAAUGGAUGAACAGAUUAUGUCUUGGGCAACAUCAAGACCUGAGGAUUGGCAUUUAGGAGGCAAAUGUGAUGUCUAUCUAUGGGGUGCUGGAAGGCAUGGACAGCUUGCCGAGGCUGGUAGAAAUGUGAUGAUACCAGCGGCUGCUCCUUCAUUCUCACAGGCUCAACAGGUCAUUUGUGGACAGAAUUGCACCUUUGUCAUACAGGCGAAUGGCACAGUAUUGGCUUGUGGGGAAGGAAGUUAUGGCAGAUUGGGACAGGGAAAUUCAGAUGACCUGCAUGUAUUGACAGUUAUUUCAGCAUUACAAGGCUUUGUAGUAACACAACUAGUAACUUCUUGUGGCUCUGAUGGUCAUUCCAUGGCCUUAACAGAAAGUGGUGAGGUCUUCAGCUGGGGAGAUGGAGACUAUGGCAAGCUUGGCCAUGGGAAUAGUGACCGGCAGCGGCGACCUAGGCAAAUAGAAGCUUUGCAAGGAGAAGAAGUGAUUCAGAUGUCAUGUGGCUUCAAACACUCAGCAGUGGUGACAUCAGAUGGCAAGCUUUUUACCUUUGGGAAUGGUGACUAUGGUCGUUUGGGCCUUGGAAACACUUCUAACAAAAAGCUUCCUGAGAGAGUGACAGCCUUAGAGGGAUAUCAGAUUGGACAAGUGGCUUGUGGAUUAAAUCAUACCCUAGCUGUAUCUGCAGAUGGUUCAAUGGUGUGGGCUUUUGGAGAUGGAGAUUAUGGAAAACUUGGCUUGGGAAAUUCUACUGCAAAGUCUUCACCACAGAAAGUAGAUGUUCUUUGUGGAAUUGGAAUCAAAAAAGUUGCCUGUGGUACACAGUUUUCUGUUGCAUUGACAAAGGAUGGUCACGUGUAUACUUUUGGACAGGACCGUUUGAUAGGCUUGCCAGAAGGCCGUGCUCGAAAUCACAACCGACCACAACAGAUCCCAGUCCUGGCUGGAGUUGUUAUUGAGGAUGUAGCAGUAGGAGCCGAACAUACCCUUGCUUUAGCAUCAACUGGAGAUGUAUAUGCCUGGGGCAGUAAUUCAGAAGGACAGCUUGGACUGGGUCACACUAACCAUGUUCGAGAACCAACUCUAAUAACAGUUCUGCAAGGAAAGAAUAUUCGACAGAUUUCAGCCGGCCGUUGUCACAGUGCUGCAUGGACUGCUUCACCUGUCCCACCAAGAGCACCAGGUGUCUCAGUGCCUUUACAGCUGGGUUUGCCUGAUGCCAUCCCACCACAGUAUGGCGCUCUGAAGGAAGUGAGCAUUCAUACUGUAAGAGCCAGACUCAGACUGCUGUAUCACUUUUCAGAUCUCAUGUAUUCUUCUUGGAGGUUACUGAAUCUAAGCCCCAAUAACCAGAAUAGCACAUCUCAUUAUAAUGCUGGAACAUGGGGAAUUGUACAAGGGCAGCUUAGACCGCUGUUAGCACCAAGAGUCUACACACUCCCCAUGGUACGAUCCAUAGGAAAAACGAUGGUUCAGGGCAAAAACUAUGGUCCUCAAAUAACCGUAAAAAGAAUAUCAACAAGAGGUCGAAAAUGUAAGCCUAUUUUUGUACAGAUAGCAAGACAAGUGGUUAAGCUAAAUGCUUCAGACCUUCGUCUACCCUCUCGAGCCUGGAAAGUUAAACUGGUUGGAGAAGGAGCUGAUGAUGCUGGAGGAGUAUUUGAUGACACAAUUACAGAGAUGUGCCAGGAACUUGAAACUGGUGUAGUUGACCUUCUUAUUCCAUCCCCAAAUGCUACAGCAGAAGUGGGUUACAACAGAGACAGGUUCCUUUUUAACCCUUCAGCCUUUUUAGAUGAACACUUAAUGCAGUUUAAGUUCUUGGGAAUUCUGAUGGGUGUUGCUAUCCGUACCAAGAAGCCUUUAGACCUCCACUUGGCUCCAAUGGUUUGGAAACAGUUGUGCUGUAUCCCACUCACGUUAGAGGACUUGGAGGAAGUGGAUCUGCUCUAUGUGCAGACCCUUAAUAGCAUUCUUCACAUUGAAGACAGUGGGAUUACUGAAGAGAAUUUCCAUGAGAUGAUUCCGCUUGAUUCUUUUGUGGGUCAGAGUGCUGAUGGCAAGAUGGUUCCUAUAAUCCCUGGUGGGAAUAGCAUCCCACUUACAUUUUCUAAUAGAAAGGAGUAUGUGGAGAGGGCUAUUGAGUAUAGACUUCAUGAAAUGGACCGGCAGGUAGCUGCUGUUCGAGAAGGAAUGUCAUGGAUCAUCCCGGUACCCUUGUUAUCCCUCCUGACUGCCAAACAACUCGAGCAAAUGGUCUGCGGAAUGCCCGAAAUCUCUGUCGAAGUUCUAAAGAAAGUUGUUCGAUACAGGGAGGUGGAUGAGCAACAUCAGUUGGUACAGUGGUUCUGGCACACCUUGGAGGAGUUCUCCAAUGAGGAGAGAGUCCUCUUUAUGAGAUUUGUGUCAGGAAGGUCUCGGCUGCCUGCUAACACUGCAGAUAUAUCUCAGCGAUUCCAGAUCAUGAAGGUUGAUAGGCCUUACGACAGCUUGCCUACCUCACAGACCUGUUUCUUUCAAUUGAGGCUUCCACCUUACUCCAGUCAGCUAAUCAUGGCAGAGCGUUUGCGCUAUGCAAUCAAUAACUGCAGGUCGAUAGACAUGGACAAUUACAUGCUCUCCCGCAAUGUGGACAAUGCAGAGGGCUCAGACACAGAUUAUUAACCUGUGAACAAAAUCAUCUUCCUUUUAUUACAGAAUAAUGCCCAAUUCCAAUUCAAUGUCAAGACACUUUUAUGGUAAACAUAGAUGUUUUAGGAGCAUAAACCAACAUUAUAAACAGUGGCCACAUUUAGUUACUCUAAAUGUAACAACAAAAGAGAAUAGAUGUUUUUAUUUUUCUGUGAUUGUAAAAAAACAAAAAAACAAAAAAAGAAAUUAAAAGUGCUCUCGGUAAGGUUUUCUCCCCCACCCUCCAACCCUUUCCCUGCCCCUCCAUAUUUGGUCACUUUUGAUAAGUUUGCAUGGAGCCAUUUGGUGCAUUUUUGGUUGGGAAUGGUAUAUUUGUAAGCCCUCCCAGUGAACAUGAAGUUGUACAUUGUGUAUAAUUGUUCAUUAGAAAGGACAGUUUUACAUGAAUAUUCAUAUAUUUAUUUUGUUUUAAUUUGAAUUGCCUGUGCAGGGUUCCUUAUGCAGAGAAAUAAAGCAGAUUCAAGAAUUUU